CUAAAUCUUGAUCACUCAUAUUUAACAAAAGUCACAACAGAUACAUACACAUACACUAUAGUGCUAUACACAUCCAUAUAUAUGGAUCAUCAACACACAUUACAAUUAAAUGGUUCAGAAUUACCUUCAUUCAUGUGCAGUGGUUGCAAAGAGCAAGGUGCUGGAACUAGUUACAUCUGUGAAUACAGCAAUUGCAAUUACAUCCUCCAUAAAGAAUGUGCAGAAUCUGUUAAACAUGCCGUUCAUCCAUUUUUCAAAAAUUGCAAUUUUGAGUUGUAUGAAAAAGCAGAAGAAGGUGGAUUUUGUGAUGCCUGUGGAAAAGAUCUGUUAGGUUUUUACUAUGCUAGUUCCAUAACGGGAUGUGCUCUACAUCCUUGUUGUUUGAAUCUUAAAGAAAACAUUUUGAAUGAUGAUGGAAAUGUAAUAAUGACAUUGUCUCAUGAAGUUCCAUCAGAUUGUGUCCAUUGUAAGCAAAAGCAUGUUGUGAGAAACCAAUUUGAAGGUUGGUCAUAUGUUUUUAAUUCUGAUGGAAAGUCUUGUGUUCAUGUUUCGUGUUUCAAGGAUAUGAUUCCUGAAAAUUUGAAAAAAAGGCCAAGAAGGAGGAGAAUGCGUUCUUUCAUGAAAUUUACCGGCAAGUUAGUGGUGAACAUAGCGAUCGAUUUAAUUACAGGAGAUAUUACUAAUUCUAUCUCUACCAUUGUGGAAGCCCUUGCUCGCUCAAAUGGUUAAUGAGUUUUCAGAUAAUGUAUUGUUCAGGAGAACUCGAGUUACAUUCUUGGUGGGAACACUUCUUAUAUGGAUUUCAAUUGAUGGAACAUGUUUUUUAUUUUAACUUUUUAAGUAAAAGAGUGAUAUAGAUUCUUGUUAGCAUUUCUUUUUGUAUUUACUGUGGCUGUAGAAUG